CGGUGGGGUCUGGAAGGUCAUCUUAUGUUGUCUGCUGAUUUGUACGACUUAAAUCGUCUUGAUUGAGAUGGCUGCACCAACUUCAGAAAUUGAGAGUGGGGAGGCACCGGAACAACUAGCUUCGAAGAAGAGGUCGAGGGCGAAGGCUCCAAAAGUCAGGACAGGUUGCUUGACCUGCAAGAUCCGGAGAGUAAAAUGUGAUGAGGGAAAGCCAGCCUGCAAACGAUGUAUUCGGUUUGGUACGACGUGCGAUGGGUAUCUCCAACCACGACACGAGACAAAAAUCACCGAAGGGAAACGAAAGGUGCAAAGGCCAAUAGAGCCGAAACAACCAGGGAUACUUGCCCUCUGUCGAUCACUAUCCAGCAACCAGUUUUCAAACGAUGGAGAAUACUACUACUUUCGAUUGUUCUGCCACCAGACGGCGCCACAGCUUUCUUCCUGCACGCAGUGGACGGAGAGUCAAUUAUGGAGUAAGAUUGUGCUUCAAGCCAGCGAAACAGAGCCUUGCAUUCGGCAUGCCAUUAUUGCAAUCGGUGCGUUGGAUUUCAAGGACUGGGCAGCCUGGAGUAGCAAACCAGAAUUGGCGAGUGCUCGACGCCAAGUUGCUUAUCAUGAAUAUCAUAGAGCCAUACUUGCUCUCAAAACAGGGAUCGCAGAAGAGCGAAUUGAUCUUAGGACCAGAAUCUUAGCAUGUGUCUUGUUCGCAUGUUUUGAGUCCUAUCAUGGGAACAAAAACGAAGCAGUCUCUCAAAUUUUCGCAGGGACUGAGAUGGUUGGAGAAUAUCUGAGAGUCAAGGCUACGGAGGAACCUGGGAAUACAACCUUGUCUCGUCCCGGAUUGGAGGAGUCGAUCUACAUGACUUUUGUAGUUGUGGAAAUUCAAGCAAUGACCAUUGGAGGUAGAAAAUGUAAGGAGUGGCACGCGGAAAGAAUGAAGAAUAGUCGGGCGGCGAUGCAGCCCAUACCUUCCGAAUUCAGCACACUUCAAGAAGCAACCCAUUCAUUGGCAUUGAUAAUCCUAGGAUCCUGUCAUUGGUGGUUGGCGAAAAGAAAUACCAUGUUCAGCCUCGCCGCUACUCACGCCACUUUGGUGGAAGGUGUUCCUCCUUCUGACGAGUUGCCAACCUCGCAAUUGUCUAUCUUCAUGACGGAACUUGAGCAAUGGAUUGUCGCCUUCAAAACAUUGUGGAGAAGAGCUAAAAGCCGACAAGGUGAAGCCAUAUUCAAAAAGGCCGCGCUCGUCAGACUCUUUUACCUUUCUAGCUACUUAUGGCUUGCAAGUGGAGCUUCAAACUCUCAAGUAUCUCAUCGGUUUACUCGGGAGCUGGAGGAGGUGAUCCAUUUAUCGACGACAUUGAUGGAGCUUCCUGGCGAUUCGGUCAUUGAUGCAUCCUUCUCACUCGACACUAGGAUAGUGCUGCCAUUGACAAUUGUUGGUUUUUUCUACAGACAUCGCGCUUGCAGACGAAGGGUAAUCGACAUCUUCUCGAAGCUCUCAAGAAGAGAAGGAUUAUGGGAUACACUCUGGACAGGAAAGGUUAUUGCCUGGGUUGCCCAGCAAGAAGAAGUGGGCCUGACAGAUGAAGAAUAUGUGCCUGACGAUGCAGUCUUGAGGGUGACCUCUUUGGAUACGGACACAGUCAAAAGGUCCACUCUGGUCUGUGGCGUUCAGAAUGUCAGAGGGUCAAAAUCGAAAACCGGACUGAGAGAGACUGUAAUUUAUUGGUAAAGAAGGGAACCAUGCAGACAUGUAACAACAUGAUCAGGAGCAAGACUUUAACCGGCGAGACUGAUGGGUGUUGAUCAAACG